AAUGCUAAUUCGCGAUCUAAAGAUAUAACCGUUUAAGAAAUUGCGUUUUACAAGAAAUCGCGAUUUGCGAAGCGCUUUCAACACUAUGAGGCGUCUCUGACUCAUACAAAACACGUUAAAUAUCGCAAGAUUAAUGGUAAAAAUAUUACAUUACCGUUCUCCGUGCGUCGGAAGUGUGCAACACACAAAGAACCGUCAUAAUUAGGUCUUCGUGAUAUAUCGCUCUGUGUUACGUAUUGCGCGUCCUAGAAAAUUUAUUUUUUCCAAUAAGUAAAACAUGCACACGUGUGCCCAACGGUAGUAUAUCAAAUGAACUUGAAGUGUGUGCUUCCAUUAAGUUUCCUCUCAUAACAAGACUAGAAUCGAUAAUUUACGGAUUAUAUAUAUGUAUAUCGAUGUAUCGGCAAACAAUGAAAAAUAAGAAUAGGCGUAUUUACAUCUAUGCAAAUUACGCGAGAAGUCAUAUAUUUCUGACAAACGCAAAAAUAGUGAUGACAUAGAUAGAUAGAAAAACGUGAAUUCCGCGCUUUUUAUCAUUAUCGUACGAUCGCAUCGUAUGUAUAUAUGUACACACAGAAAUCCAGAAGUUGCGCUCAACAAUUUAGAGAGAUAAACAGUUUGUAGAAAACAACCUGCCAACAAAGGAAGUAUAAUCUGUCGCAAUAAUCACUUUCAAUAUAACGAAGCCUUGAAAUAAAAUUUAUUUAUUAAAAAUAAGCAAGAGUAAGAGAUAUAGCAUUUUUAUAAAAUACUUAAAAAAUAAAUUUUAAAAUAUGUCGAAAGAUGAGUGUGUGUGUCAUCUGUGAUUCAAUUCGUCAAAAAAAAAAAAAAUUUGUGAGUUUUUGUCGAGAAAGAUAGAAGAGCACGCGUUACUUCUGAAACACCCUAUACACGUUUCCACGAGGGAGCGGGGGAGUCUCUGCAGAACGCUAUUGCUUAUAUCGUAUUGCUGCUGGUUGCCGGCGCCGGCAGUUUGUAAUCGGAGUACGCCCCCCGAACUGCAAGAUUCACACUUUUCCAAUGAUUGUCGCGCGAAAGUAUUCCUGACCUGAGAGAACUCGAAGCGCGGUCAUCGCGUCGCGACGUUAUCGUAUAUAGAAAAUCCUCCACGUUGUCCGGAGACGAUCGGAUUUCCCGAAGCGAGUGGGGUUACGUGCGAUCCGCUCAGCGCGUCUCUCAUGUUCCGCAGAACGGGCGCGUGACACGUAUAUAGAUAUAAAUUUAUUUGUAUUUACACGCGCGAACUGACCGAUAACGUGGCAUAUGUGUUCCAUCCGAGUGACAUAGCUGGCACACAACACGAAGGAACAAGUAAUGGGAAUCGACGGCAUGAGGGUCGGCGGCGGCAGAUGCCCGCCCCUCCUGGUCGGAGGACUUCUGCUGGCGUGUCUGUGGCUCACCUGCAACUGGUGGACUUUGUCUUCCGAGAAUCUGGACCUCGUCAGGCAGAUCGAUGACUUAAACGAGCAGCUUAAGAUCAGUGCCGAAGAGAGAGAUCAGUGCGUAACUCUAAGAGGUAACUUGGAGCAAAGGUAUAAGCAUACAGAAGAUGAGUUGGCUUCUCUUCAUGUUCGUUUGGAUCAACAAAUUGAUCUCAAAAAGAAAAAUGAGGAGCUGGAAGAUUCGGUUACUGUGUGCAAAGGUGAGCUGGAUUCCUUGACAAAAGUAGAUGCCACUAGAAGUGUAACAUUAGAAACAUUGAGAUUAGAAAAGGACACUCUUACUACUCAAUUGAAUGUAAAGCGGGAUGAAAAUAAAAAGCUUCAAGAGGAUAUAGAAAAGCUUAAAGGGGAAGUAGAGGAGCUUAAACUUAGUUGCAAUUCACCACCGGAUAAAAAAGAGACUCCAAAUCUCCGACCACUUGAAACGGGUACGAAACAAAUCAAUGACACGUCGAAUGACGCCGCAGAGCAGGGUAUCCCAGAUGCCGAAGGCUUGGAAGAUCCUGACAAUCGUGCACGUGUAGAUAACAAUGGAGAUGAGAUUCAGAGUACAGACGAGACUAUGCUACUUCCGGAAAAUUAUGAGGAAGAGGGAAAAAUGCAGGAUGCCACAAACAAACCUGAAUAUAAAAAUAAUAAUGUAAUAUAGAGACACAAUAACAGCUUUGCAAUAACUUACAAGUUAUUUAGAUUAAAAUAUUACAGAUAAAAUUAUGUAAGUAAAAUGUUUCACGGAAAAGUCACGGAUCUUUCCGAGUUUGGAAAACAAAGUUUAUAUGUAUUAUGCAGUCAUAAUUCAGAUAUUGAAUAACUGUAUUCUACUCGAUUAUUUGUGAUAGAAAUAUUUUUUAUAUAUAUGUUAUUAAGUGAAAAAAUAUUUUCUAUGUUAUGAGAACAUGAAGCACUAUGCGCAUGUGCCAAAAUAAGUUUAUUGUUUUUGAUACACAUGCAUUUGUGGCCAUAUAAGUGAAAUGAAAUCUCUACGUGAAAACAAACGAAUUAUUGUGAUUAUUGAAAGAUCUGAGAAUGAGAUUUACAUAGAAAUAACUUUUUGUACUGUUAGCAAAUUUUGAAAAUGAAAUUUAUACAAUAAUUUUUUAACGAGCCAUACUUCGUGCCGCUUACAGAAGUGGUAAGCUAUGUAACAAGUAGUUUGAAUAUUUUACACAAGAAUGUAAAAGAAAAAAACAGUCGGAUAAACAAUCUUUAAUUAAAUAAAUAUCUUACUGUCUUCUCUUUUCUUCUUUUAUUACAGACGCUUGAUUUGUAACAAAAAAUACUUAUUUUCAGAUCUCCUCUUGAAUAAAGGUAAGUAAUCGUUCAAGUUUGUAACAAAUUUUGCAGUAACACAGAAAUUACGUUGGCAAGAGUUAUUAUAUUGAUCAAUUUUUUCGCAGCUUAAUUUCUUUUUCAGAUAUUUCUUUUCUCAGUAGCAUAAGAUUAUAUUUUAUUUUAUUGUAAAAUUAUUUUGCAUGUUGGUUAGCUUACAUGAUAAACGGUAUCAAUUUUUUUUCUGUAUAAAACAAUCAUUGUAUCCAAAAUAUAUAGAGUUUACAUAAAAUUUUGUUACAAUAAUUAUCUUAUGUUUGGGCAUUGCAAAAUCUUAAUAAUUUCAUAUGAGAUGCUCUCGCAACAUGCAAGAACAUCUUAUGUGUUCCAAUAUGUUAUCCGACUCUUACUGUUUACGAAGUAAAAAAUCACACGUGUUCUUAUAUUUGAAUUAAAUUAAAAAAAAAAAAAAAAAAAAAA